AUUAUAUUAAGAUAUAUAUAUAUACAACCGGUGCAUAACAAUUUAACUUUUUUGAGCUGAGGUAGCUGCUGUCCCGGUAUUAUAUGCAUAGCUCAGGGUAGCUACGUGUCCUAAAACUGAUGUUUCCUGCGAACAAUUUGAGAAUGGCACAACCUGAUAUUCUAGUACUAGCUAGCUAAAUUAUUUUUUUGUUUAUUCAGUUACAGUGCAACGUUUAUACAAGCUUUCAAUGUGUAUCUCGUUAGUUAAUGAAUGUUAGAUGUGUGACAUGCUUUGCACAUUUUGUAAUUGAUUUAUAUACUCGUUAAAGGUUGAGAAAAUGAAUCUAUUAAAGCAACGAUUAGUUAGCUAGUCUGGCUAGAUCAGAACAUAUGCUGCAAUAUUUGUAUGACGAGAACUGCUAGCUACAGUAAGUUAGCUAACGUUAGCAUACUAGCUACUAUUACUUGAAGUUGAGUUACUGUUCACUAACGUUAGCUAGGCUAGCUAGAUAAGUUUUUGGUCAUUUGCAAGAUAUGUAGCCUAGCUAUUUACAUGUCCACUAUCUAGCUAUUCCAACAACCACUUGGCAAUGGUAUGAACUGUGAAAUAAGAUAACGUUAGCUAAAAAACUUUUUGAUUUGUGUCUGAAGCCAGCUAGCUAGCUCGCUUGUAUAGGCUAUCUAGUUGGAGUUAGCUGCCUCUACGCUUUUACAAGGUCCUGGACUUCUGAGUUUGACAAUGUCUGCAACAGUAAAUCUUGAGCUGGACCCCAUCUUUUUGAAAGGUCUGGGGUAUCUUCAUUCAAAGAGUAAAGAUUCCGCUGAAAAACUUAAAGCUCUGCUAGACGAAUCUUUAGCUAGAGGAAGCGAUUCGCCUUACAGGACGUCUCAGAAGGAAGUGGACGUCAGUCGCGGAUCUGCCACAAAAGUGAGCUUGAGCAAACCAGAUUGUAAAUCCUCGUCUAGUUCUUCAUCAUCAAGUAUCAAUAAUGGGAAAUCUAGCAACUUAGAGAAGAACAAGAAAGAGGGUGAAAAACGGCCUUCUGAAAAGGUCAAGGUUGAUCUUGGUGAUGGACCAGAGCCACCAAAGAAACCUCGUCUGGAGAAACCAGAGAACCGUUCCUCUCCCAUUACUGUGCAGAUCAGUAAGGACCUGAGCCUGCCCGAUUUAUCCAGCUUCGAUGAAACCAGUGCGGAUGACUUCGCCAUGGAGAUGGGCCUGGCAUGUGUGGUUUGCCGACAGAUGACAGUCACCUCAGGCAACCAGCUUGUGGAGUGUCAGGAAUGCCACAAUCUGUACCACCAAGAAUGUCACAAACCGCAGGUGACAGACACGGAUGUGAACGACCCGCGGCUGGUGUGGUACUGUGCACGCUGCACACGGCAAAUGAAACGCAUGGCUCAGAAGACGCAGAAACCUCCACAGAAAUCCUCUCCAGUGGCAGUGAACCCAGCCCCGGUGGUGAAGGACACUCUGGUGAAGAAGUCCGAGGUCAGGCCAAAGCAGGACACGGCUAGCACCUUUCAGGCUUUUAAGAGAACAGAAGUCAAGGGGUCCGCAGCGGUGUCGGCUAGCCCCGCCAGCAGCAGCUCCUCCAUCCCCACCUCCAGCGGCCUCACGGGGUGGGCCGCGUUCGGGGCCAAGACGGCCGCCGCAGGCCCCUCCGGAGCCAAGCUGGGCUCUACCCUCCAGAGCAGCGGGGGCAAACCAGGAGCGGCCUCCUCCUCCGCCCAGAAACCGGCGGGUCUCUCCGGGCUGGCCAGCUCAAAGACGGGCCUGGGCAGCAAAGCCUCGGCGGGAGGCCCCGCCAGCGAGGGCCCCGCCCCGGGCCCCUUGCGGCCCCCGCCGCCCCUGGUCCUGGGGAAGCCGGGGCUCAACCGCUCCUCCAGCAGCGACAGCGUGAACAAGGCAGGCAUCUCCGGAGCGAGCGGGGGCGGGAACGGGGGGUCGGGGGGGAACGGAGGCGGCGGCAGCAGCAGCGGUAACAACGGGGCCAAGGCUGGAGCCGAGGCCUCAACCGGAGCCAAGGGCCACACGUCCCAGGAGUCCCAGCUCAGCGCCAUGAAGCGCCUGCAGAUGGUGAAGAAGAAGGCCGCGCAGAAGAAGCUGAAGAAGUAGCGCAGGGCUAAUCCAGCUAAAGGGUGUCCAUUUCCGUCUGAUUCGGUGUGUGGGUGUUAAUUAUUUAUUUUUAUAUGUAUUUUUAAAUGUCUGUAAAAAAAUCAACAAAAAAAACAAAAAACAAAUAUCAAGUUGCUUACUGAAUUCCUCUGAGUAUCUGCUGUUAGAUCAUUUCAACUAGUUUGAUUAGUGUUGUGCUUCAUCUCAUUAAAGCUGACAGUCUCUGAAUUCAGUUUUUAAAAUAUAAUAAUAAUGAAAGUAAUUAAAUUGCUUUUUUUAAUCAACAGUUCACACUGAUGGUAAUCAGCCAUUGAUCCAUGCUGUACAGUACUGCCAGUCUAAUAUACAGUGUAUUACUUUUUCAGGUCAAUGAAAUACUUUGAUAAAUCAUGGGUAAAAUUUUCUGUAUAUUUCUGUGUUUCUGCCUUUCAUGAUGUACUGUAUGUAUGAUGUUUACAUAGGUUGCAAACUUAACCUGUCAAUAUUGGAUCUUGUUUUAUCACCCAAGCAUUAAAUGCAUAACUGUUUA